AUGGAUGAUGUUUCUAAAUCAAAAUGGUUAAAGAAAGGAAAGCUACUGCGCUGGUUUUCUUUUUUCUCCUGUACCCAAGACCAAAGUAAACUCAAACAGGACUCUCGUAGUGAGGUGGGGAACAAUCUCAGUGGGGAGAAUAAGGUUUCCAGAGAUGAAAACAAGGAUCUGAGGAAAGAAAACAAAUUCCUGUGGCAGGAAAACCAGGCUCUCCGGAGGGAAAAUAAAGCCUUCCGGAUGGACAACCAGUUAAUCCGGGAGAGGAACCAGCUCCUGAGACAGCAGAACCAGCUACUCUGGAAGGUGCAGCGGCUGGUGGUGGCGAAUCAGAAACUCUCCGGGGAACAGCUCAGUGCCCUGGACACUGAAAGGAUGUCUUACUGGCAACAGAACCGAGCCCUGGAGGCUCAGAUCUCCGCUCUCAGGCUGCAGGAGCGAGCCUUCCAGAACGAGGCAAGAGCUCUGGAGGAGGAGAUCUGGUCCCUGCACGAGGAGAUCGCGGCCCUGCAGCACCAGGAGAGGACGCUCAGGAUGGAGGAGCAGGCGCUGAGGACCGAGGGCCUGGCUCUGGGGCUGGAGGAGCAGGCCCUGUGGAAGGAGGAGCAGGCCCUGUGGAAGGAGGAGCAGGCCCUGUGGAAGGAGGAGCAGGCCCUGCGAGAGGAGAACAAGGCGCUGAGGGAAGAGCGCAAUGCUCUGCAGGAGGAGGAAGCCGCCUUGCUUGAAGAGGCCAAGGUCCUGGAGGAGUGGAACAGUGUUCUUCAGGGAAAUCCCAGUAGCCUUGCCGGUUACGUGUACCAUGGGGACCUACAGCCUCAAGAGCUGGAGAUGCAAUAA